AUGGAGGCCAGCCAUAUUCUUUUGGGAAGGUCGUGGCAAUAUGACAUCAAAGCCAUUCAUGAUGGUUUCACUAACAAAAUUUCUUUCAUGUAUCAGGAUAAAAGGGUGGUUCUCAAACCCUUGUCUCCUAAAGAGCUGUGUGAGGAUCGAAUAAAAAUGAGAGAAAAGUUAACAAAUGAGAGAAAAAGUAAAACACUUGAUAACAAAAAGAAUAGUGAAACACUUGAGAGAAAAAUGAGAGAAAAUGAAACACUUGAGGGUAAACAACUUUAUCUAGCAAGAGAAAUGGAGGUAAGCAGGGUGCUUUGCACAAGGCAACCCCUCUACUUAUCGUUUUUCCAAAGUCAGAUUUUAAAUGCUAACCAAAUUGGCAAAUUUGAAUUGCCCUCUAGCAUUGAGUCUUUUUUGCAAGAUUAUAAAGAUGUGUUUCCAGCAAAUGUCCCCGAUGGUUUGCCACCUUUAAGAGGAAUUGAGCAUCACAUUGAUCUCAUUCUGGUAGCUUUUUUGCCCAAUGGGCCAACUUAUAGGAGCAACCCAUAA